AUGCAGCGUCUAAUUCUGUUGUAUCAGCUGCAUAAUGUCGACGUCAAACUUGUUGGCGAGAUGCAAGCCAUCCACUCGAGGCUCAACGAGAGCGAAGCCUUAUACGCACGCUUCAGCAUCAGAAAGAAAGAAGCUCAUGUCGUUCUACGUUUUCAAGAUGCCGAUCAAGACUUUGGAUACUUGCGCUCUGCCGUAGGAACGACUGUGUCACCGUUGCUAGCCAAGCCAAACCUUGAAUUUGAGCCUGUUGCCUCGGCAUCCGAGCUUUUGCGCAUCAUUGGAAAUGCUAGCAAGGCUUCAGACGCUAUUGUCAAGGUCGACAUCAAUAUAUACGGCCCACCAUCCGCUGGAACAGAAGUCGGCGAUGCUCUGUCGGAUGGGAAACUGUGGUUACAGAAGUCAGGCCAUAUGAGAGGUGGCCUUGUAUACGAUAACCCGCACUACUUGCGUAUUAAGAUUAACGGUAAUCAGCCGCGGCCUACAUGUGCUGAACCUGUGCGCCAAUUGAAGAGUGACAGGAUCACCAGCAGGAGGAAACGAGAAGAACGGUUGCGAAAGAUGAUCGAAGAGGUGUACAGUUCUCUGAACCGUAAUCAGCAAUUUGAUGACGCUGCCGAUGCGGGAGACAGAGUCAAUCGAAAGCUUCUGAGACAUCAGCAAGUAGCGCUGGGCUUUAUGCUGCGGAGAGAAAGCGGCCACAUCAAUGAGACGAGUUCUCUGUGGGAGUCUGUCAAGUUUGAAGACGGUCAAGAAGGAUUUCGCCAUCGAAUUACUCGUACCCCGAGCAGAGACAAAGUCCGGCCAAGCGAACGAGGGGGUGGCAUUCUGGCCGACGAGAUGGGCAUGGGCAAGUCCCUGUCAAUACUUGCUCUCGUAAUGAGGAUGCUCGACGAUGGGAGGACAUGGGCUCAGGAACAGGAGAACAACGCGAGAGUCGAGGGGGCAUUCAGGAGAUCACGCUCCACCCUUGUGAUUGUUCCAUCUGCGCUCCUGGUACACAACUGGCUCAAUGAGAUCAAAGACCACUUGAAAGAUGGUGUCACUCAAAUUAAGUAUCACGGCCAGGACAGGCCGAAAGACAUCGACACGAUUGCAGACUCAGAUAUCGUCGUCACUACAUACAGUACCCUCACUUCAGAGUUUCAGGCCAAGUCUACACCAUCUCUCCUCCAUUCCAUCGACUGGUACAGGAUUGUCCUAGAUGAAGCACAUAUCAUUCGCCGCCGCGCUACGGCAUUCUAUCGUGCCUGCGAUGAGCUUCAUGCCAACUCGCGGUGGUGUCUCACAGGAACCCCUAUUCAAAACAAGCUUACCGAUAUUGGCACCCUCUUUGCCUUUAUACGCGCCGAGCCUUUGUGCAAAGCCGCUACUUUUCGGAAGUGGAUUGAGCUACCAUUUGAGCAGAGCGGCGAUGACUUUCAAGUGGUCAAGGAGCGCCUCGUCAUGCUCAUUGGAGCCUUUUGUCUGCGUCGAACGAAAGACAUCAUAGAGCUGCCAGAACUUGAGCAGCGACUCCGAGUGCUGGAAUUUUCCCCCGAAGAACGCAAGCAAUAUGAGGAUACGAAAAAGAUCCUGAUGCGCAUGAUUCGCCAUCGGGUAGGUGAAGUAGAGAAGAGCGCCAAAUUCGGGCUCUUCCAGGCGAAUCUGCAGAUGCGUCUCUUGUGCAAUCACGGAACAUAUCAACAACCUUUCUCCUGGCGCCGCCGCAGCUACCGUGAUGAGCGCGAGGCCAUUCUCUCAGCCGCACUCGGCCAAAGCAGCGAGAUUACAUGUGCUGGCUGUCAACUACCUAUGCCCGUCCUUGGGUCCAGCCACAUGAGCAAUGCAUUCUACGAGAAUUGCUCUCACGUCAUAUGCUCUGAUUGCAUCGAGCAGUCGAAUACUCGGAGUGAGGGAGGAGAGGCUCCGCAUUGCCCUGUGUGUAUACGAUGGCUGAAGCAUGCUAUGGACAAUACUGUCGGGACGGCAGACUACGACGAUGCUCAUUAUUUUAGCAACGAAGGUCAUUCGACGAAGAUGGAGGCACUGAUCAAGGAUGUUAAAGUGGACUUGGACAAGUCCAAAAGUAUAAUAUUCUCUUGCUGGACUCGAACGCUGCAGCUGUUAUCAAGGUAUCUAACCAAGAAUAAUAUACCCUACUUCCUUAUCGACGGAAGCUGCUCUCUUGCGGAGCGACAGAAGAAGCUCGAUCAAUUUGCCGACGACAAGGAGACGCCGGUGCUCAUCAUGACGACCGGAACUGGAGGCUUUGGGCUGAAUCUGACAUGUGCGAAUCGCAUCUUUAUUGUCGAGCUGCAGUGGAAUCCCGGGGUCGAGGCCCAGGCCAUCGCGCGCGCCAUUCGACUUGGGCAGAAGAACAAGGUAGAAGUGACCCGCUACAUGAUUAAAGAUACAGUUGAAAAGGAAAUGAGGUCCCAGCAGCAGUGGAAGAAGCAGCUCGCCACCUUGGGCUUCGACGAGAUACCUGACGAAGGUGACGAGGAGACUGACGAAGAGGACGAAAAGACUGACGAAGAUGACGAAGAGAUGUUUAUUGAGUAG